CUCUGGGUCCCAUUUCCAGCAACCAGGUACGCGGACACAUCCACUCAUCCUUUCAUAUUACUUUCCAGUCGCGAGUUCUCUUCACUCUCGCUAUCGCAGCACUGCUUCUACGUGCAUCUUUACCUCGCUGUCGUCAACACUGUUGCCUUAUCAAAUCUGACAAUGCAAGAUUCCUCCCGUGCCAUGAUCGUCCCCAAGAGGGUGAGCGAACUGCUCACCAAGAACGUCAAUGAGCAGCUCUACCCACGACUCUUUCUGAUGACGCCGCACGGCAUGCUAAUGGGCUACUCAACACCUGUCGAUAUCAAGGAACUACGCGACCAGGCAGCGGUAGUCUCCAUGCUGUGGAACGAUACGCGCAAUGGCCGUCAGACGGAUGAACGCAAGGACUCUAUUCAGCCUCAAGCCGGCGCAAUACCCUCACCCAAGCCUGCGUUGGAGACGCUCACUAUCGAGACGGAAUACUGCAACAUCAUCGCUCGCGCAUUACAACCGGAGUUGCUUCUAGUCUUGGUCGGGAACAUUGCGCCUCAUAAGAAACAAAGUUUCAAGAUUACAGCAGAAGAAGUCGGCAAUCAACGAUAUCCUGCAGCGGAGUCCUCGGAAGGUCAUGCGGCCGUUACAUCAGGGAAUGGCAUUGGGAAAGGCAAAGCACCCUCCCUGUUGAGCAAUAUGAGUCAACGAGAUAAGGACAUCAGACUUGGAGCCCUUCACAUCCAACGCAAGAAACUGGACGCACUGGCAGAUUACAUUGUGGACGACUUCAAGGCCACGGGGUUCGUUCAACCACCAGACUCGUCUCUCAAUUAGGAUAGGAGAUGGACACACUACUCCCACGAUUGCGCGUUUCCCGAGCAGCCUCGAAAAUAUGCGGAAUCGGAGGCUGGCCAAUGUGGCAAGGCCGUGCUGCCACCUUCAACGGAGAUCUCUCGAUUCGAU